UGUGAGGUGAGGCACGCUUGAAGUUGAAAGAGCAGAGAUGGCGUUUUCCUUCUGAAAUGGAAGCUUCGAUUGCUUGCUACUGUGUGUAAGCCAAACACAGUUCGUGAAACUCAACACUAAGGUUUGGAUUUGAUGGCGGAGGAGAGAGGGGAGAUCAAUGGCGGAUUCUCGAUGGAAUCCACCGAAUCGAGGUGGGUUAUACAGGAGGACGAUGAGGAUGCGUCCGAUAUAGAGGAGGAUUUCGACGCUGAUUUGAGAUUGAGACGCCACCCUAGUAUGCUUGAUUCCGAUGAUGAGGAUAAUGCCGAGCAGAGACUCAUUCGUACUGGUCCUCGAAUCGAUUCCUUCGAUGUCGAUGCUCUUGAUGUCCCCGGUGCUACCAGAAAUCACUAUGAGGAUAUCAGUGUGGGAAAGCAAAUUGUGUUGGCUUUUCAGACUCUUGGUGUUGUCUUUGGCGAUGUUGGAACGAGUCCAUUAUAUACCUUCAGUGUUAUGUUUAGAAAGGCCCCUAUUAAUGGAAAUGAAGACAUUCUUGGAGCAUUAUCACUUGUCUUGUACACUUUAAUUUUGAUUCCUUUAGUGAAGUAUGUGCUGGUUGUUCUGUGGGCCAAUGAUGAUGGUGAAGGUGGUACUUUUGCCUUGUACUCCUUGAUCUGUCGUCAUGCUAAGGUGAGUCUUCUCCCUAAUCAGUUACCAUCAGAUGCCCGUAUAUCAAGCUUUAGGCUAAAGGUGCCAUCCCCUGAGCUGGAAAGGUCAUUAAAAAUCAAGGAAAGACUUGAGACUUCUUUGACUCUGAAGAAGAUUUUACUUAUAUUAGUGCUUGCUGGUACUUCUAUGGUGAUUGCUAACGGUGUUGUUACACCAGCAAUGUCAGUACUGUCAUCUGUUGGUGGAUUAAAAGUUGGGGUAGAUGCAAUCAAGCAAGAUGAAGUGGUGAUGAUUUCGGUUGCCUGCCUUGUCAUUUUGUUCAGUGUACAGAAGUAUGGAACAAGUAAAGUGGGACUUGCAGUAGGACCUGCUUUGUUCAUAUGGUUUUGUUCUCUUGCUGGUAUCGGGGUAUACAAUCUUCUCAAAUAUGACAGUAGUGUCUUGAGGGCAUUUAAUCCAAUUCACAUCUACUAUUUCUUCAAGAGGAACUCAACUAAAGCAUGGUAUUCUCUUGGGGGUUGUCUUCUGUGUGCGACUGGUUCGGAGGCCAUGUUUGCAGACCUUUGCUACUUUCCUGUACGAUCAGUUCAGCUUUCAUUUGUCUUUCUUGUUUUGCCAUGCCUACUACUGGGUUAUUUGGGUCAAGCGGCAUACCUUAUGGAAAACCAUGAUGAUGCUGGUCAAGCCUUUUUUUCUUCUGUUCCAAGUGGAGCAUUCUGGCCAACUUUCCUCAUUGCCAACAUUGCUGCACUGAUUGCAAGUCGGGCUAUGACAACAGCAACAUUUUCAUGUAUUAAACAAUCGACUGCACUUGGUUGUUUUCCUCGUCUGAAAAUCAUUCACACCUCUCGGAAAUUUAUGGGCCAGAUCUAUAUCCCUGUCAUAAACUGGUUUCUGUUGGCUGUUUCUUUGGUGUUUGUCUGCUCUAUAUCCAGCAUUGAUGAGAUUGGAAAUGCUUAUGGCAUUGCUGAGGUGGGGGUGAUGAUGAUGACCACUAUUUUAGUAACCCUUGUUAUGCUUCUUAUAUGGCAGAUACACAUCAUCAUAGUACUGUGUUUCAUGGUAGUCUUCUUGGGAUUGGAAUUGACUUUCUUUUCAUCUGUUUUGUGGAGUGUGGCGGAUGGAAGUUGGAUUAUAUUGGUCUUUGCCGCUAUAAUGUUUCUUAUAAUGUAUGUAUGGAAUUAUGGAAGCAAUCUCAAGUAUGAAACUGAAGUCAAGCAAAAACUUUCAAUGGAUUUGAUGCGAGAAUUAGGUAGUAAUCUUGGGACAAUACGAGCUCCUGGGAUUGGUCUACUCUAUAAUGAGUUGGUCAAAGGAAUACCGGCAAUUUUUGGCCAUUUUCUGACAACACUUCCUGCAAUCCAUUCCAUGAUUAUAUUUGUGAGUAUUAAAUAUGUUCCGGUUCCUAUGGUACCUCAAAGUGAAAGGUUCCUUUUCCGACGAGUCUGCCCAAAAAGUUAUCAUAUAUUUCGUUGUAUUGCCAGGUAUGGUUACAAAGAUGUUCGUAAAGAAAAUCAUCAGACUUUUGAGCAGCUGUUGAUUGAGAGCCUAGAGAAGUUUAUACGUCGAGAGACCCAGGAGAGGUCAUUGGAGAGUGAUGGGGAUGAUGAUAUGGAUUUAGAGGAUGAUUACUCUGGUUCUAGGGUUCUCAUAGCUCCCAACGGGAGUGUUUACUCACUUAAUGUUCCUCUUCUCGCUGAUUUUAAGGAUACAAGCAAUCCCGUUUUAGAAGCAAGCACAUCAGAGGUGGUAAGCCCAACAUCCUCUAUUCCCCCGGUGUUUGAUGCUGAGCAGAGUCUUGAGAGGGAGUUAUCUUUUAUUCGCAAGGCUAGAGAAUCUGGAGUUGUUUAUCUUCUUGGUCAUGGGAAUAUAAGGGCAAGGAAGGACUCAUGGUUUAUCAAAAAGCUAGUUAUAAAUUAUUUUUAUGCCUUUUUGAGAAAGAAUUGCAGGAGGGGGAUCACGAAUUUAAGCGUACCCCACUCACAUCUGAUGCAAGUUGGCAUGACUUACAUGGUUUGAAAAUAAUUUUGCAGCCCAAAUAAAACACAUGACAAUUUACUUGGAAGCUGCAGUUUGAUAACAGUGAGCAGGGCCCUGGAAAGCUCUUCUUUUGGAAUGCACAGUUCCAAAUGUUUGCUCGAUCGCAUCUAGUUGUUUGGAUACCCAAAUUAUAUAAUAUCUUUCCAACUCAUCAUCCAGAAGUUGUACUAAUGUUCGUUGUGGUUUUGGGCUUGCCAUCUGCAUACAUGGAAUUGGAAUAGGCUGAUAACAAAAAGAAAAAGAUAUGCUAAAACACUAUACAUCAUUGCAUAGACAUAUAUGUAAAUGAGUCAAGUUCCACUUCAAUGUAAAAAAAAGGGUGUACGCAGGGUAUUGUAUAGUGGCAUGUGAUUGCCCUUAAUUUUAUUCUUCUAUCUGCUUUAGUUCGCAUAAAUUUGUUGUCUGCCUUAUUAUCUCUUAGAAACAUUUUCUUGAUUGAAACUCAAAAGAGAUUGAACUGGUCUAGGAGCCGAACUAGCCGUAUGGUCUUGUCUGAGCAUCGGAGUCUUCUGUGAACGGUGGUUACUGUGGCGAAAAACGGUGAUUACUGAGGAUCGGGGUACACCAUAUUUAUCUUUUAUUAGAAAUAUUUUC